CUUUGCUCUUUCUACCUUGUACUUUCCAGGCCCUAAAAAAAUUGGAGACAUGAAGUGGGUAACAUUCAUUUUUUAUCUUUUCUUGGUAAGCUUUGCUAAAUCGGAAACCCCGAUUGAAAGAGAGCAGGAAUUCGGAGGAGCAUUUCACACCCACAUCGCUAAAUUCUCAGAAGAUUUUAAACAUAUUGUCCUAGGCACAUUGGCCCAGUAUGUACAGAGAGCCACAUUUGAAGAGGUGUGGACCUUGACCAAUGGCAUCACGGAGCUUGCGAAGAAAUGCACUGAGGAUGAACAAGCAGACCAAGCAUGUGGAAAGCCAUUGGGAAUUGUUCUCACAGAAAAACUUUGUCAUGAAGAAGGACUCGGGGACAAAUAUGGAUUUGCAGAGUGUUGUGGCAAGGUUGAUGAAGAAAGAAAGGAAUGCCUUCUAUCCCAUAAAAAUGCAACCAUUCCCCCUUUUCAAAAACCAACUGCUGAAGAGGCCUGCAAAACCUUUCAUGAAAAUACAGCGGCAUUUUUAGACCACUACCUUUAUCAGGUUGCCAGAAGGAACCCCACUACAACUAUGUUCACGCUCCUUGGUGCUGCCCAAGAUUUUGAGAAGGUCUUCAUAACUUGCUGCCAAGAAGCUGACAAGGAUUCCUGCUUCAAUGAAAAGGCACCACCAAUUAGGCAGAAAGUAUUAGAAACUAUUGACUUGCAGAAGCAAAUCUGUUACAUCCAAAAGAAAUUUGGAAAAAGAAUGAUCACAUCCUUGCAAUUUAUUCAACUGAGUCAAAAGUUCCCAAAUGCUGCUGUUCUUACUAUUCUCAGGCUUGCUGAGGAUGUUUCUCAUAUCGAAGAAGAGCGCUGCAAAGGCGAUACACUGGAGUGCUUUUUUGAUAGGUUAAACUUGUCAAGAUUUAUCUGUAGCCACCAAGAUGAAAUUUCUUCUAAAGUAAAAGUUUGCUGUGAAAAGCCCAUCCUGGAACAACGAAACUGCCUAGUUACUUUGGAAAAUGAUGAAAAGCCAGAAGAUUUGUCUCCAGAGGCUGGGGACUUCAUAGAUAACCAUAUAGUGUGCCCACGCUAUGCCGAAGACCAGAAUAUGCUCCUGGCACACUUUCUGUAUGAGAAUGCAAGGAAACAUCCUGAAUUUUCUUUGCAGUUAAUGCUGAGAAUUGGUGAUAAGUAUGAGGAUUUGUUGGAAAAGUGUUGCAAAUCUGAGACUCCUGGGGAAUGCUUCACACAAUGGGAAGAAGAAUUUAAAAAACAAAUUAACAACACCCUGGAAAGGGUAAACAACGAUUGCGAAUUCCACAAGACUCUGGGAGACCACCUCUUCCAAAAAGAGCUCAUUCUCAUCUUCACCAAGAAAGCACCCCAGCUAUUAUUUGAAGAACUGAACAAGUUCAUCAAGAAACUCACAGAAAUUACUACCAAAUGCUGUGGUCAAGAUGACACCCAUAGACUGAGAUGUGUUGAGAGAAAUACAGGUCUAGCGCUAGGAGCUUUUUGUCAACAACAUGAAGAAGGUCCCAUAAGCAAACGUAUUAGCCGAUGCUGUGGUGACUCCUUUGCUUUUGCUCGGGACUGCAUUAUGGGCUUAGGAGUGGAUGAAGAAUAUGUCCCUGCCCCGUUCGAUCCUGAAUUGUUCACAUUCCAUGCAGAUUUGUGCCCAAUAAACCCAGACGAUCUGAAGGAAGAGGAGAAAAGGCUGCUUUACAACUUGGUGAGACACAAACCCACCAUCACAAGUAAACAAUUUGACCCUAUAGCCACAGAUUUCAUUGACCUGUCGACAAAAUGCUGCAAAGCUGACAACCGUGAUGAAUGCUUUACAACAGAGGGUUCAAAAUUCGUUGAAAGGAUUCGAACGGCAGUUUGAGAGAACUAACCAUCUCAGUUCAGCAAUGGAAGAAUGCUGGAGAUAAAGCCCAAAUAUGGCCCAGUACCCUUGUCUGAGUGCUUUUAAAUGUCAGCUUUCUGA